AUGAAAUAUUUAUUAUUUAUAUCAACUUUAAUAGUAUUAGGAUAGUCAUUAUCAACGUAGCUUUCAUAAAAGCCAACUUGCUUUUUAGUAAAUUCACCUGAAGAAAAUUCAAAUUUGACUGUUAAUUAUAUUGUUUCUGGUUUAGAUGAAAUUUAGACAGAUGUAUUUAUUAGAAAAAAAGAUGGAGAAAUUUUAACAAAAGUACAAAAUACAAAAGAUGGAAAAAUCAGAGAAAUUUUAAAAGAUAAAGACAAUUAUUAUGUUUGCUUCCAAAGUAGAGAUAAAAGCUAUAAAAUGGUGAGUUUUGACUUUGAUAUUGAAGGGGUUGAUAAAGAAUAUGCAUAAACUGAGUAAUUCGAAUAUAUGUCUAAAGAAUUAUAAAAAACAUAAAAGAAUUUCUAAAAUAUUUACAGAAAUUAACAUUGGAUGUCAGACAGAGAGAAUGCACAUGCUAUAAUAUUAGAUUAAACAGAAAAAUCAGUUUAAUGGUGUGCUGUUAUUAAAGUUGGAGUACUUAUUGUAAUAAGUAUAUCAUAAAUCUAUAUUGUUUAUAAUUAUUUCAAAGAUAAGGAUCUAAAUGGAUAAGUUUGA